AUGUUCAGUGCAGACGCUUGCCUUGGAAGUUCAUGUGGAAUAAAUAAAUUAAGGAGUGUCAAUGAUGCGCUCAAUGCAAGAGUUGUCGACGAGAUUAACGGUUCACAAGAGUUAUUGAUGCUUACGAGUUUCGCGAGAGAGUCCAACGAGUAUCAGUUCAAAAAGUCUCUUCAAGAUAGAAUAUCUGAUGUAGCUUCGUGGCGAUGGGUCUUAGAAGAUUUGCUUAAGCGUUUAGUCGAAGCGAUUGGAUCUUUAAGAUACGAACAAAACGCAUUGCAUACAGUAGUACAGAGGAUUCGGGAUGAAUUAAAUUGUCAUUCUAGAGAAGCGUCACGGCCAGGAGCUAUGUGUCCUCUAACAGAUAAAGUAGAAAAAGCCAUAGUUGAGGAGUUUGAAUACCUCCGUAGCCAAGAGAACAAUUUUCAAAAACUUAUUAUAGAAUUAGAUAAACAAACGUGUUCAAUAGAGAAAACUAAGAAGAAAAUAGAAAAUGAUAUUCUCAAUAAAUCACAAUCUUUAUUCAUAGACGAAACGUGCGCGAACAAAGAUUACAAGAAUGAAGUUGUUCAAACAAAGAAGAAAAAACGAAAGAAAGGUUUUCCUGUGGCACGUUGGUUAAAACGAUGCGCUGCUUUAAAAAGAGCUGGUCUUAACGCCCUUUGCAACGCUGUCAUAACCCGACAUCAGGUUCGACAAGCUAGAGUACAGCUGUCGAUUGCAGCACAAGCAUACGCUUCAAAAGUAGAUGCUGUUCUGAGAAGAAGAUUGUGUUCAAAUAAAAUCAAGCUGCAAGAUCUCAUAUGGCAAAGAGAAGAGGCAAUACGUGAUUAUACAUUGCUAGAGGAAGAAUUAGUAUCAGCAGAAAAAACUCUUAUAGCGACUAUGGAUCAUGAACAUAUCGUCGAGGGCAGAUUGAACGAACGUACAAAAAGACCAAAUCAGGAACUUAUAAAAGACGACGUCAACAGAAAGUUAAGAGACGAACAAACUCAACUAAAAAAAAAUGGAAAAGUAUUGAGAAAUAAUCUUGAGAGAAUUAUAAAUUUACAAAAUGAGUUAUGCAAGGCAAUAGCUCAUAUAGAUGGCUGUGCAGAGGAUCUAGUACAAGUAAUCAAUUUAGAUGAACAACGUGUUAAGGGCCGUCAAGGAGAGCAAAGCGAUACUUCAGCAAUUCCAUCUUUACCUACCAUUUCAACUUUGAAAGAUCAUUCUCAUGUACAAGAGAAUCGGCUAAGUGUCAUUCAAGAAGAAGACGAAGAAUAUCCAUUAAACUAUUGA